CACGCCGCGUCGCCUCUUGCGCGCUACCGCCACCAGCAGGCGGGUCAACGUAAUCUCGCAGCCUCCCUUCUUACUUCUCUACUGCCAUUAUCGCUUUCUGGGGUUCGUUCGACUCUCGGACUCACACUUUUCACCUGGGCAAGCUGACCGCAAGCCGGGACUUCCAGUCUGUCGUCAUCCCAGCCUCUGUUCUAUUCUUUCUCAACCGAGAACGGAUCUCGUGCAGGCGAUCCCGAGGACGCUGACCUCGACGACCUCGACGAUCCCCAUCUUAACGCGAUGAGCAGGGGCCCCAUGAGGGGUGGGCGGAGUAGGGCGGACGAAGAAGAUGACGAUCCGUAUUUACGGCUAGACGAGGAGGAUGCGGGACUUUCAAGGCAUCAGGCGCAGUCAGUACCCCUCCUUGGCUGGCUGGCGCACGCCUCGCCGCUGCGCUCGCCAUCGCCCUCGCCUUCAUCGUCCUCAGCCGACUCGGGACACCCACCGCCAGACAUCAUGGCGGCGACGACCAGACCACCAGUGCGCACAGAACGCCUACCGCCGCCUCCACCACCGCCCCCACGAGCGGAGGUCACCCUUUCAUUGACCGAAUCGCUGCUGCCUCGGGACGGGCGCACACGACCCCUGGACGUCUUCACGCUUCCGGAUCCCCGGUUUGUCCCAAGGAGUAGACGGAAGUAUAAUGACUCGACAUGGACAGCAGCGUGGUGCGCAAGCGUUGGCAUAUGUCUGUUCUUCUCCAUCCUCGUCCUGUUCCUCACACAUCAGCCCGACAACCGCCAUCGAGUCAUCCUACCAUACGUCACCCUCCUGCACACCGUCCCUCUACUCACGAUACUGAUCUUCGCGAGUGCAUGUGUGGCCUAUGCACACGUCUUGCUCCUACGGAUAUUUGUGAAGCCAGUCAUGAUUGCCACUUCAGUGUUCAUACCGGCUACAUUGUUCAUCUCGGCCAUAUGGGCGUUUGUGGGCAGUUUCAUGUGGGAUGGGACCCAAGAACCAACAUGGGGAGAGACGGUCGGACUCCGUCUGUUCUCAUUAGUGCCUCUAGUGCUAUCGUUGCUCACGGCGAGGAAAUUGCUCGACCUGCCGAGGGAUAUCCAUACCGCAUCCUCAUUACUCACUUUGACGACACGGCUAUUGAUUGCAAACCCCUUCCUCCUCGCACUAUCGCCCGCCGUACUCCUCGCAGCCCUCCUCCUCUCUAUCCCGUUCAUCACUCUUGCCUUCCGCUUGCUCCUCAUCGGGUAUUUCACUCAGGCGUCCAGCACGUCUGGUUUCGAAUGGCACGUUCGCGGAUGGGCGAACUGGGCGAUCGUUGCAACGAUCGGUGUCUGGCUAUGGAGCUGGGGUGUGGCUCGUGGUUUGCUCCGCGUUAGCUGUGCGGCGACGGUUGGGGCAUGGUAUUACGCUGACCCCGCCUUACCUCUUCCGCCCCCUACUUCCACACACACGAUCCACGCUGCGAUCACACGCGCAACUCAACCCUCUCUGGGUUCGAUCGUCCUCUCCGCACUCAUUCUGGCGGGAAUCAGGCUUCUUGGCCUGCUCACGGCUGGGCUGCGUAUGCUCCCGUACUACCUCCCGCCGUACCUCCGUUUCAUGAGUGUCGGUGCCAGCAUGCUUGUCGGCUACAUGGAAACGAUCACGGGCACCCUCAGCAAGUACGCCCUCAUCUACGUCGGCCUCACGGGCGAUCCGUUCUUUCCGAGUGCUCGCAGGUCGCGUGCGCUGACCGCCACGGUGGAGCAUACGUCUGCGAUCAAUUACCGACGCAGAUUCAAGACUGAGCCGCCUCUCACGCUGCUCACCGUCGCCCCGCUCACUCUUACGUUCCCAUUCGCUCUUGGGACGUACCUGUUUGUCGCGCAUACAUUGAACGCGCCGGACCAAGCCUUGUCCGCGGCGAUGCUGGCUGGGUGCAUAACAGCCCUUGUAGGGUCGUUCUGUGUCGGUCUCGUGAGAGAUACCGCGGACACGCUCUACAUCUGCUAUUGCAUAGACAAGGACAUCGGGUCCAGGCGCAGAGAUGAGGUCUUUGAGGCGUUUGAAUAUCAGAGCCCAAGGCGAGCGCAGCCGGCUCAAUCUCAGAGGCAGCAGCAGCGGAUGCCUGAGCCACAGCAGCCUCGCAUUCGAUUGGAGCCUGCUGUGCAAUCUCCGCUUCCACGUGCGGAGACUCCGGAUCCGUUCGAGCAGUCUCCUGCCGAGGAGGAAGAACAUUCCUACCCCGACCCGAUGUCUCCAUCUUCGUCCACGUUCAACUCGAAGUCCCGACUGCCCCUCAGUCGGCGCACGAGCAUGCUGGACCCAGUGCUUAGCACAACGCUACCGCCGCAUCAGGAGAGUGACGAAGAGAGCUUGGAUGACGAGGACAUGCCUCUGUUCCCCGGCUCUGAUCUCUUCUGAUGCACUGACUAUCGUCAUAAUUCAUGUCUAUACGGGCCAUUCUUAUGUAUUAUAUCUUCAGCUUGCUGUCUCGCAGGACAUUGCUAGCUCGUCGCAUUCUUGUUGGUACGUGAUCGGAUACUGCCGUCGAUGUCACUGCAUGUAGGUAUGUUCGUAGAGUAAUACUGUGAUUCUCAUGUAUGGAUGCUCGGUAGCUAUCGGGAUAGUGUUCAAAGGCCAAAGGUUGGUGAGUACGUCGAUCGCAAGACACCGUUCAGCUGUCCCAGUUCUGUGUUCUUGUGUGUCCAAUAUACUUACAUUGCAGGUCCUGAGGCGUGGAUACUGGGUACUGAUAAAUGAUUGGCGAAGAGUUGUAUACCGGGCAUGUAGUCUAUCUUUUCGUACUGACGUACUUUCCAAGUUGGCAGGUAUGAGCUGCGAC